AUUAGAGAAACAUUAUAUAUAUAUAUAUAUAUAGAAGGAAGAAAUUAGCUAGCUAGAAUAUAUAUAUGGAAGAAGAUGAAAAAGAAGUUGGUCCAUUAUUUGAGACAACAAUAGUUGACGGGAAAGGAAAGAAGAUAAAAAGAGUAUUUGCAACAACGGUGUUGCUAAGUAUAAUAUGGAUAUGGAUAUACAGAACAACCCAAGUGUAUUUACAUGUGACAAGCACAACAACAAGUAGUUAUUGGACUAGUAUGCUCAUCAUCAUCUUUGUAAUUGGGAUGUUUGUUUCGGAGAUAUGUUUGGGUGUGUAUUGGGUGCUGACGCAGUCGGUUCGAUGGAACCCGGCCUAUCGUCGCACCUUCAAACAAAGGCUGUCCCAAAGGUACGAAAAUAAUUUGCCAGGGGUGGACGUAUUUGUUUGCACGGCUGACCCUGUGAUUGAGCCACCAAUGAUGGUGAUCAGCACUGUUUUAUCGGUUAUGGCAUAUGACUACCCACCAGAGAAACUUGCUAUCUAUCUCUCUGAUGAUGGUGGAUCCGAACUUACCUUCUACGCUCUCAAUCAAGCAGCCCUGUUUUCCAAGCACUGGCUGCCAUACUGCCGAAACUAUAAAGUGGAGCCACUAUCUCCUGCAGCCUAUUUUAAGUCAGCGUCUCAACCAUUAACCACAACACACAUUCAAGAUUUUAUCUCCAUUCAGAAACUGUUUGUAGACAUGAAGACUCGGAUUGAAAAUGUGACUAAGAUUGGAAGAGUUCCUGAAGAAUUACGCUUAGAACAUGAAGGGUUUGCAGAAUGGAACUCGUUUACAUCUUCACGUGAUCACAAUGCCAUCAUCAAAAUUAUACUUGAUCAUAAUCAAGAUAUAGAGGGGAAAAUCCUUCCAAAGUUGGUAUAUAUAGCUAGGGAAAAGAGACCAACUCAUUUCCAUAACUUCAAAGCUGGAGCCAUGAAUACAUUGAUAAGGGUGUCUUCUAUGAUAAGCAAUGGACCGAUAAUUCUAAAUGUCGACUGUGAUAUGUACUCGAAUUGCAGUGCUACUGUAAGGGAUGCCCUUUGCUUCUUCAUGAAUGAAGAAAAAGGCCAUGAGAUUGCUUUCGUUCAGUACCCACAGUGGUUUGGAAAUCUUACAAAGAAUGAACUUUAUGGUGGUUCUCUUCGAGUAAUCCGUGAGGUUGAUUUCCAUGGUUUUGAUGGUGUUGGAGGGCCUUUAUAUGUUGGAACGAACUGCUUUCACCGGAGAGAUAUUUUGUCAGGAAAAAGUUUAAAUGAUGGAAGUAAAAUCAACUGGAAACCGGAGAAUCAUCACACUAAGAAUAUUGAAUAUACGAUUGAAAAAUUAAAGAGUCUUGCAAGCUGCACGUUUGAAACUGACACCGAAUGGGGCAAAGAGAUCGGGUUGAAAUAUGGGUGUCCAGUUGAGGAUGUGAUAACAGGCCUAUCAAUCCACUGCCGAGGUUGGAAGUCAGUUUUUUACAAUCCAAAUAAGGAGGCAUUUCUAGGUGUUGCUGCUACCACUCUUGACCAGAUCCUCGUGCAACAUAAAAGGUGGUCCGAGGGUGAUCUUUUGAUUUUGCUCUCAAAAUAUAGCCCGGCUUGGUAUGGGCUUGGAAAGAUUCAUCCUGUACAGUUGAUGGGCUAUUUGAUCUAUUGUUUAUGGUCCCCUACCUCCUUGCCAACUCUCUAUUACACCAUUGUCCCUUGCCUUAGUCUCCUAUGCGGCAUUUCACUCUUCCCUCCGGUAACAAGUGGAUGGUUUCUCCCAUUUGCAUACAUCUUACUCUUCGUCUCCAUCUUUGACUGCCUUGAAUUCCUUCAAUCUGGUGGAACCAUAAGAGGGUGGUGGAACGACCGAAGAAUCUGGACCUACAAACGAACAAGCUCAUAUCUCUUUGCAUUUCUCGACACAGUUUUGGGCUCUGACUUAUCGUUUGUAAUCAGCUCAAAAGUGGCGGAUGACGACGUUCAAGAUAGGUACAAUAAAGAAAUGAUGGAAUUUGGAGCGUCAUCUCCUUUAUCGACCACAGUUGUGACACUAUCAAUGGUCUAUUUGUUGUGCUUGGUAAAGUUCGUCAUCAGAUCAAUGUUGAUGGACACAAAAACUCGGAGAUCAUACUAUGAAACAAUGGCAUUUCAAAUCCUAGUUUGUGUUGCAUUGGUGGCACUAAACAUACCAUUGUACUCGGCUCUUUUCAUUCGUAAAGAUAAAGGGAAGAUUCCAAAUUCUGUCUCUAUGAGAUUGUCGUGGGCGGGGGUGUUGUUGGCGGUGGCGGUGAUGGCAAACGUGAGCGGAGGAGUGUUUGGGAUCAGGUUUGUGAUAGACAGAGACGAAUGCUUUUCGCAUAAAGCCGAAUACGGCUCCACGGUUCGGUUUUCUUUUGUUGUUAUUAAGGUUGAAGCUGCUUGGCAUUAUAACGAAGACGGCGUUGAUCUUGUGGUGAAAGGACCAAAGGGUGAACAAGUUCAAGAUUUUCGUGACAAAACAAGUGACAAAUCUGAUUUUGUGGCACAUAACGAAGGCCUUUAUCAAUUCUGUUUCACGAACAAAUCUCCUUACCAUGAAACUAUAGACUUUGAUGUCCAUUCUAGCCACUUCUAUGCAGAUGUUGAGCAUGCUAAAGAUGAUCAUUUCAAACCGAUUUUGGAACAGAUAUCGAAGUUAGAAGAUGCUCUAUAUAACAUUCAAUUUGAACAACAUUGGCUCGAAGCCGAGACUGACCGGCAGGCAAUGAUAAAUGAAGGAAUGGGCAAGAGGGCAAUGCACAAAGCAUUUGUGGAAUCAGCAGCUUUGAUCGGUGCAAGUGUGUUGCAGGUGUAUCUUCUUAUACGUCUGUUUGAAAGAAAGCUUGGGAUGUCUAGAGUUUAACAUGUAAUUGAUUGCAGAAUGUUUAGUGCUCUUUAAUAUGCGGACCUUUUAUUACGAGCUUAAUAUAUACACAAAAUUUGCACUUCAAACUGUAUUUCAGAAGAGGGUGUAUAAAAUAUUUAUCACCAUGUGUUUACUUCACAA